CUGGAAGCUCAGGUCGGGAUUUCUCGAACACUCUGGGAGGUUAUAAACUCAGCUGAGCUAGACUGUAUCGCCGUGUAUCCAGUAGAGGUGUCGCUAACCGGGUCCUGUGCGCCGCAGAAACGACCUCCAUACAUUUCUCACCGAAGUUUUCGAUACACCGAGGACUAAGAUGCCUGAAUCACAUGACCAAGUGAUGGAGGAGGAGGCUGAGACCUUUGCAUUCCAGGCUGAGAUUGCUCAGCUGAUGUCCCUGAUCAUCAACACUUUCUAUUCCAACAAAGAGAUUUUCCUUAGGGAGAUCAUCUCCAACUCUUCAGAUGCCCUGGACAAAAUCCGCUAUGAGAGUCUUACUGACCCUUCCAAGCUGGAAACUGGCAAAGACCUCAAAAUUGAAAUCAUUCCUAACAAAGAGGAACGCACAUUGACCCUGAUUGACACAGGUAUUGGCAUGACCAAAGCUGACCUGAUCAACAACCUUGGAACAAUUGCCAAGUCUGGCACCAAGGCUUUCAUGGAGGCUCUGCAGGCUGGAGCCGACAUCUCCAUGAUCGGGCAGUUUGGUGUUGGUUUCUACUCUGCCUACCUGGUGGCUGAGAAGGUGACGGUCAUCACCAAGCACAACGAUGACGAGCAGUACGCCUGGGAAUCCUCCGCUGGAGGCUCAUUCACAGUCAAAGUGGAUAACUCUGAACCAGCAGUACGCGGCACCAAGGUCAUCCUGCACCUAAAAGAAGACCAGACAGAAUACUUAGAGGAGCGAAGGAUCAAAGAGAUUGUGAAGAAGCACUCGCAGUUCAUUGGCUACCCCAUCACACUCUUUGUUGAGAAAGAGCGGGACAAGGAGGUGAGUGACGACGAGGCAGAGGAGGAGGACAAGGACAAGGAGAAAGACAAGGAGGAGGAAGAGGAGAAGGACGAGGACAAGCCCGAGAUUGAGGACAUAGGGUCAGAUGACGACCACGACCAUGACCACGACCACGACAAGUCUUGCGACAAAAAGAAGAAGAAGAAGAAGAUCAAGGAGAAGUACAUUGAUCAGGAGGAGCUGAACAAGACUAAACCUCUGUGGACCCGUAACCCAGAUGACAUCACUAAUGAGGAGUAUGGAGAGUUCUACAAGAGUCUUACCAAUGACUGGGAGGACCACCUGGCUGUCAAGCACUUUUCAGUAGAAGGCCAAUUGGAAUUCCGCGCCCUGCUCUUCGUGCCUCGACGCGCUCCCUUCGAUCUCUUUGAGAACAAGAAGAAGAAGAACAACAUCAAGCUAUACGUACGCAGGGUCUUUAUCAUGGACAACUGCGAUGAGCUCAUCCCUGAGUACCUCAACUUCAUCAAGGGUGUGGUGGACUCUGAGGAUCUGCCCCUGAACAUCUCCAGAGAGAUGCUGCAGCAGAGUAAGAUCCUGAAGGUCAUCCGCAAGAACCUGGUUAAGAAGUGCCUGGAGCUUUUCACUGAGCUAUCUGAGGACAAGGAAAACUACAAAAAGUACUACGAGCAGUUCUCAAAGAACAUCAAGCUCGGCAUUCAUGAGGACUCGCAGAACAGGAAGAAGUUGUCUGAGCUGCUGCGAUACUACACAUCAGCCUCCGGAGACGAGAUGGUUUCCCUGAAGGACUAUGUGACACGCAUGAAGGACAACCAGAAACACAUCUACUACAUCACUGGUGAGACCAAAGACCAGGUGGCUAACUCUGCCUUUGUGGAGCGCCUUCGCAAAGCUGGCCUAGAGGUUAUUUACAUGAUUGAGCCCAUUGACGAGUACUGUGUCCAGCAGCUGAAGGAGUUUGAGGGCAAGAACCUGGUUUCAGUCACCAAGGAAGGCCUGGAGCUGCCUGAGGAUGAGGAUGAGAAGAAGAAGCAGGAGGAAAAGAAGGCUCAGUUUGAAAGCCUGUGCAAGAUCAUGAAGGACAUCUUGGAGAAGAAGGUGGAGAAGGUCACUGUCUCCAACCGCCUCGUCUCAUCCCCCUGCUGCAUCGUCACUAGUACUUAUGGCUGGACGGCCAACAUGGAGAGGAUCAUGAAAGCCCAGGCUCUAAGGGAUAAUUCCACAAUGGGCUAUAUGGCCGCUAAAAAGCACCUUGAAAUCAAUCCUGACCACCCCAUUGUAGAGACCCUGAGGCAGAAAGCAGAGGCUGACAAGAAUGACAAGUCUGUGAAGGACCUGGUCAUCCUGCUCUUUGAGACCGCCCUGCUGUCCUCAGGAUUCUCCCUCGAUGACCCCCAGACCCACUCCAACCGCAUCUACAGAAUGAUCAAGCUUGGUCUUGGUAUCGAUGAAGAUGAUCUGACUUCAGAUGAUACUAUCUCUGCUCCCACUGAGGACAUGCCCCCUCUCGAAGGGGACGAUGAUGACACAUCCAGGAUGGAGGAGGUGGACUAGAUGUUUCUAUUGCCUGCUAGAGUACACAAGUAGUGUUAUAUAAAAUUUCAAGUUUAAUGUUGUAAAUGAUCCUGGAAUGUCGCCCCUCAACCCCUUUUUUGACCAAGUUCACUUUACAUCCCCCUUACAUUGACCAUACAGUUCAGAUUAAUUCCUUUAGGACUUUCAUUUUUUUUGUUAAGUUGUCAACUUUUUGUAUGUUCAGUUGUAUCAAUGCGAUUGUUUUUGUAUUUAUUGACAUUCCGAUGUUCUUUGUGUGUUCUUACUUCAACUGUAAAUAUAUCAAAAUUGAUACUGUUAUUUGAAACGGUGGGACCCAUGAAUAAAGGUUUACCAUGUUAA